AUGGCAAGCAAUAUCAUCGGCAACAGGAACAGCACACCCGAGGCGUCCAAGACCUCGCUGCGCCCUCCCAGCUCUAGGACUAUAGGCACAUCCGGCCCUCAUAACCAGCCUGUCCGUUCCUCUGCUGAUAUGUCUUUCACUUCUCCUCUGUCGGCUCGUUCCAUCCGCCCCGCGUCCGAAGUCUUGUACAACCAACAGUCCCAACAAGGAAGCAUGGAUGACUCGAGCAAACUGGGCGAACAAUGGAUUCAGGACAUUGAACAAUACGAGACCAUGUUGGAAGAGAUGGCUGCGGCAACGCUGGACCAGGAUUUCAAGGAUGAGUUGAGCGCAAUUGAGCAAUGGUUUCGAGUUCUCAGUGAGGCUGAGCGCACCGCUGCCACCUACGCCCUGAUCCAGCAAACCACCCAAAUGCAGCAACGCUUCUUUGCCCAAGUCCUCAACCAGAUGUCGAAAAGCCAUCCUAUUUCUGGGGUACUAUCUCCGGCAAAUUUUGGCGAAAAGGAUGCCAUGUCGAGCCGGCUCAGCGACGCCAUGUCCAAGCUGAAUGUGGAAGAUCGCAGGACAUCGCUUACUCGCCCGCCAGUGUCUCCUGCAGGCAACAAGCGCAACUCUGGUUUGGAUCAGUCGACUAUUCACGCCAUGUUUCCAGAUGCUGUGGCUGCAAUCCAACAGCAAAAGGCGGAAUAUGCCCAACACACAGGAAAUCAGCCGCCGUCCAACAGGAACAGCACAGUAGUCGGCGACCGUAGCUCAUUCGUGGCGCCCACGAUAUCUGCCCCAAGGGAAACAAAGACUGACGCAAUGAGCUGGCGUCAGGGCGGCGGAGAAUCUCACCAGGCCCCUAUCUCUAGACCCAAAUCUUCGUCUGGUCAACAAUCACUGCAACAGCCAAUGGGUCAGUUCAGUCAACCCCCAUCCUCCGGCGCCCUUCGUUCUCCACGCCCUGUGGGACAUACAGGUGGCAACAUUCAGAGUACUACCCUGACUGCGCCGGAACCUGCGUCGAGCGAGUACCCGCUUCUAUCUCCGUACAACGUGGGAAAUCAAAGUUGGGCUUCCAUGAGCAACACCCCGAUGGUCCCCAACUUCAGCCAGGCUCAGUCCCACAGUGAAAUGGUGGCUAAUGCAACAGCCAUGAAGCUUGCGGCUCUGUCCACCGUGAACAACCGCAUUGCCUUGGACGACGUCAAGAAGUAUAGACGUGCUAGGUCUAAUGAGCCUCAGCCACCGACCCAGCCGCCAUUAACACCUGGAAUCACAGCUUCCGGCAUUCCCGGCAUCAACACCAUCAUGGUCAACGAUCAUGGUCAGAUCCUAAAUGCUCAACAGGUGGCAGCGAUCCAAGCGCAACAGAUCGUUGCAGCACAAGGACGCCGGUCUCGACCCAACUCUCCUGGUCUGCCCUUGCAGACUCCCCUUGGACAAACCGCUUUUGCCUCUCCUCAGCACAAUGGAUUUUUGGCCGCAUAUGACGGGACACCAAUCAUGAUGGGUGCAGGCGUGCCCGGUAUGGUUCCCCAAACGGGAAUUUUUGGCACGGGUGGUGAAGGAUAUCUCUCUGACCAUUCCGAGGUCAACCGUGGUCGGUCACCCAGGGGCAGGCGAGGUAGUAGUAAACCUCCUGAAGACCCGACCGAUGUGAACUUACUGAAGGACAUUCCGGCAUGGCUUCGGUCACUGAGAUUGCACAAAUAUACCGACAAUCUAAAGGACUUGAGCUGGGAAGAGCUCAUCCAGCUGGACGACAAAGGACUUGACGCUCGCGGUGUCAAUGCUCUGGGUGCACGAAACAAGAUGCUCAAGGUAAGUCAGAAGAAGAUCGAUUUGGAAGUCGUUUGCUAA